AUGACAACGAUAGAUAAUAAAAUUUUAACAUCAGCUAUUGAAACAUAUCGUCAUUAUGCUGGUCAACCAACAUUAUCUGAUAUUGAAUCUUGUCGUCAAGAUUCUAAUGAUGAAAUUCUUCAUUUAACACCUUAUUUUUCAACAAUGGAUCUUGUUAAAUUAGAAGAUUUAACAUAUACUCGUUCAUUUACAUAUUCAUUAAAAAAUCAUCAAUUAUUAUUUACAAGUAAUGUAACACCAAUUAAUAAAAAUAUUGUUCGUCGUCUUGCUUCACCUGAUGGUCAAUAUCUUGCUCUUGUAACAAAAGAAACUAAAGGUGAACAAGAUUUAUAUUAUGUACAAAUAUGGCAUGAUGAACAUUUAAUAUUUGGUUAUGAAAUAAAUGAUAGUAAAAUAUCACCACAUGGUAAAAUUUUACCUAAAAAUGAUUAUGGAAGUUUUUUUGAAUGGAGUCCAGAUUCACGUCGAUUAAUAUUUACAGCUGAAGAAAAACGUAAACCAUUAAAAUCUUAUUUUACAGCUGAAAAACUUGAUGAUAUUGGUGAACCUGCUAGUAUAUAUAGAGAAAAUUGGGGUGAACAAAUGGAAUUAUUUGAAACAUCAGUUGUAUGUAUAUUUGAUCUUGAUACAAAACAAGUUAAAUUAAUUGAAAAUCAACCAAAAGAUUUAUAUUUUGGUCAAUGUACAUGGACAACAAAUCCAGAUGAAAUUAUUUUAGUUGCAUUUCGUAUUGAACCAUAUAGAUUAGGUUUAAUUUAUUGUGAAAAUCGAUCAACUGCUUUAUUUAAAUGUAAUUGGCGUAAUCAUGAAUGGAUACAAUUAACAGAAUUUGAUCAAUUAUGUCGAUUAUAUCCACGACAUUUACCAAAAAAAGAUAAUGAAUUUAUUUAUCUUCAAUCGGAUGUUUAUCAUGCACAUGUACAAUGUAAACGAUUAAUACUUUUUAAUACUGAAACAAAACAAGAAAAAAUUCUUAUCGAUCGAAUAGAUAAUGUUAACUAUUCGAAUCCAACUGCUGCUCCAUUUACAGCCGAAUGGGAUACACAAUUUAAAGGUCUUUAUGGAUCUAUUCCACUUCGAUGUUAUUCUUCGGAUGGACGAUAUCUUCUUCUUCCUUCAUUCUGUGGUUCACGAAAUGUUCUAUAUAUUUAUGAUUUUAUUGAACAAAAAAUCAUAUCUCUUGAUUCACCAUUAGGUGUUAAUACAUCCAUGAUUGGUCUAGCUGUAUUUGGUCAUUAUGUUGCAGUUAAUAUUGUUGAUUGUCGUACACCAUUUCGAUUGUAUGUAUUCGAUUUACGAACAUUAAAUAAGAAAGAUAAAGAUACUAAUGAUUGGUAUUUAAUUGUUGAACAUGAAUUUAAAAAAGAAGAAAAAAAUAAAAUUGAAUGGAAUCUUGAUCGAUUCUUUCCUGAUAAUGAAUCAAUUCCUGUUGAAUCGAUUUAUGUUCAUGUACAUGAUACACAAUCAAAACGACCAUUAAUGGUAUUAAUACAUGGUGGACCAAAUUCAACUGUGACUUUGAAUUAUUAUAUUGGUGUUGUUGCAUAUAUUUCAUUAGGUUUUGAUAUGCUUAUUGUUAAUUAUCGAGGUUCAGUUGGUUUUGGACAAGCUUCAAUUGAUAAGUUAUUGGGUAAUAUAUCAAAAACUGAUGUUCAAGAUUGUCAUGAAGCUAUACGUCGUUGUCUCGAAUAUACAGAACCAAGUCGACCAGUUAUACUUAUAGGUGGAUCUCAUGCAGGUGUUAUUAUUGGUCGUCUUAUUGGAGAAUAUCCAAAUGAAUAUACAGUUGCUAUCUUACGAAAUCCAGUUACUGAUCUUCUUCAUACUUAUCUUACAUCGGAUAUACCUGAUUGGGCUCUAGCUCAAUCUGUCAAUGGACAAUUUGAUUUUGAAACAGGACGUAAUCGUUUGGCAGAUACAUCACUAGUUACAUAUCUUAUUGAAAGAUCAUCGAUACGUCUUAUUGAUCAAAUUAAAACACCAGUUUUAUUACAAUUAGGCAAAAAAGAUAAACGUGUACCAUGUAGUAUUGGUUUACGUUAUUAUGAAUGUUUGAAAGCCAACAAAAUUCCAACAAAAUUAUAUGUUUAUGAUAGUAAUCAUGCACUUAGUGAAACAUCAUGUGCUAGUGAUUGCUUUGUUAAUACAGUUCUUUUUAUUCAUGAACAUUUAAAAUUAUCAUCAUAA